AGUUUUAGAGACAGCAUUUGAACUCAAGACAGUGGAAAAAGAAAACAAGACUAUUCAUAAUGGCUUUAUCCAGUUUAAAAACUGCUGGCUGUGAAGUGAAGGAGCACAAUCUGGGAAGAAAGGAAUUUUAUCAUGCUGAGUGGACUGACCUAGGGCUGGAGACAAGACAUCAAGAUAAGACCAGCCUUUUUGAACGCAACACCUGUCAAAGGGAGACAUAUGACAAGAGGCACAUGACAUAUUUCCUAAUCCAGAGAUCUCCUUAUCUGUGGAUGAAGCUUGGGUUCCUUGGACAGAAGAUGACCACAUUUAAACUCCCUUACAAAGACGUUCUACCCGUUCAAAUGUUUGUGCCUAGGAAGUUUAUCCAGGACACAAGUAAUUCUGUAAGAGGAAUGAGGUCACAAGAGCUGAAAAACACCAUGGAGUCUGGAACAAGUUCAAGCCAAAAUGAAGGGGUGACGUCAGAAAUGAAGAAGAGAAUUCCAGAGCAGACACAGCCGUGCCAGAAGGAAUUCAGGGCUGCCAGUUUAGUGUCUCCACCUAAUGUCCUGCUGUACUCUGAAGCCUUAAGAAUUUAAACUUGGAGCCAGUGGUUCACUUUGGUGCACUGGAAAUUAGGAAACCGUCCAUUAAUUGUUACAGAUGUGGGUUCAGCACCAUUUAGGCAUGAAAUUUUAAUUCUGUUAACUAAUUUACAAGCUUCAAGGUAGUUAGGAGAAACUAAUUAAAUUUCUGACUUGUGUGCCUUAUGUUUGGGAUUUGCAUGUUCUCUCAUCAUGUCCGCAUGUGUUUUCUUCCACAGCUGAGAGACAUUAAGACGAUAUUAAAUCGACAUUCUUUGAGUGCGUGUGAGUAAAUAUACUGCAAUAGACUGGCACAAUGGAAGAUUCCUACAUUGUGCCCAUACAAGACAGGCCACCUUACAUCGUGACUCUAAACCUAAAUGGCACGGUGCAAAGAGGAUGGAUGAAUAUACAGGUGUCUCUAGUAAUUAUAUAUUACUAUAGAUUAAACGACGCAAAUAUGUUAUCAAUGUAGAGGUCUGCAAAUGUCAUGAAAUUGAGCAGCUUCUAUAGAAUACUGCACAGAUUAAAGAAGUCUCUGAAAUAAAGGAUUAUCAUGUAUUGAGACAGCAGAUGAGAGUGCCACUGUCUGAAAUUGUGUACUGCAGUGGUUCCAUGUGUUUAAUAAAUGGUGAACCACAGGAAAGUUGGAAACUGAGGAUAGUUAUUCACCAAAUUUAAUCUUCCAUUGAUACACUUUUCCUUUUAUUUACAAAUGAGAUACUUCAUCAAAAACAACUUAAGGCCCUGUCACAUUACAUAGGUUUUUCAGUGAUUUUCGGCUGUAGAUAUGGGGCAUGUUACCGUGUCCACCAGUAGUGUACUCUGACGUACUAAGCGACUCACCUGGACAAAAUCAAACAGAUUUUAUUUUUUCUAAUGUCAUAGGGCUAGGCUCUGUGUGUGUGUGUGUGUGUGACAGCAGAUAACCAAUGAAAGCUCACGCAGAAGUACAAUGCUUAUAAUGCAGCAACAAGCAAUAAGGAACGAGGGUGUUCUAGAUCUCCCAAACAGAAGAGAAGUUUGAUGUCUGAUGUCUUGUUUUCUAUAUACCACAAUAGAAUGGAAAAAAAAAAAGAGUGAAGAUUACAGCUGAACUCUCCAUACCUGUAAACCCUAUGAAAUAUUAUAACUAACAACUCUAAAACACACACAAGAAUUACAAAAACUAAAGGAAAAACUUUGCUAAUGAAAUGUGGCAAGCACAGCAUAAUUCAGUUAAAAAAGUGUUCACUGGCCACAUAUAUUUUGCCUAACACUUUCUAAAAUGUAUACUGGGGUAGAUUCCAACCCGUUGGUGAGUCUGCAUUGCCAGGUCAUGUGUUUUGGGAAUGUCCUAAAAGCAGCCCAAUUCUAGUUAAAAACGUUUGCACCUCUUUUGGAAAGCCUUUGACCUAAACUUACACACAUUUGAAGUAAUCACACUAUUUGGAGUAAUGUCAGAUGGGAUAACAUCGUGCUGUGACCAAUCUGUUGAAAUACUUUGUCCUGUUGUCUUUGUUAAAGUUGUGAGGUAUAGAGUUAGAGAAGAUGAAGCCAAGAAGGUGGGAAAUGAUCAUGCAGAUGGUAGCAGCAGCAGAUGAAAUGAGAGGAGGGCACCUUGAGGAGCAAAAGCGUAGAGUGUAGAAAAAGAUGGAAGAAACAAGAAACCCUGGUUAACCCAAAAUUACGGUUAAGUUAGCUGCUUAUUUGUUAGCAUACAACACACUUUUUUGUGCUUCUGUUAUAAUAAACAAUCAUAUUUCUUUUACAUAAGUUAUCUAAGCUUGGCACUACUUAAUAUAACAUGCAGAUUCUCUGUGGGAGAUGUUUAGCUAAUGUAAACAAACAAUAUUAUGAUUUAAAUAAAAUUCUAAAUAUUCAA